AUGGCAUACACAAAACUCUGUCAAUUGGUCCCCAACCAGGACCAAUUGACGGACAUUAUAUGUUCCUACCUUCCCAUAUUUGCUGAGUGUGUGGAAGGUAGGACAUUGUUACAAGCUUGCUUACGUAUGCCACCAAAUCUCCGUCAACAAUUUGCUCAAAUUGUACAUGAAUUUAAAGCUUUUAACAACGGAUACGAUGAAGAUGAAGUAGCAGAUGAAUUUGGGGAAGAAAAAACAUUUUUCCCCUCAUAUAAUACGCCUGCAACAGUAUUUCCUACUAAUGAAUUUCACAACUAUUGUGUCGUUCAUUUAAUUGUUGUGGAUAUGCCCACAGGUGAAGACAUUCUCAGUGGUGACUUCAUCGAAGUCUGUAUCAAUACAGAAUUGGGAGAAGAUGAGUUGCACAAAUUCUCCAACGUCGAACAUAUAUUCAAACCAGCACACCAACUCUUUAUCGAAACUGAAAUAACACUCACACAAAAUAUGUCCAUCUCAUUUAAAUCCAAAUCAGGACGUCCAUACAGAAUUUGGAUGAACUACGUCCUCCUCCACUACGCCGACGAUGACGAAGAAGAGGAAGAAGAGGAGGAGGAAGAAGAAGAGUCCUCCGAAUUCACACCAGAAGACUAA